CUGUUGGACGACAUCAUCGGACGCUACGUAUGAGAGAAAACGUAACGCCAAGUCCGAUUGGACCGUAUCACUGGUGGCUUUUCCCUUCCCGCCCCCAACAGCUCGGCUUUCCUGCGCCAGCAGCAGCAUCGGUGUGUCACCGAGGCUAGGCUGCUGCGGGAGAGACCCGGAGUCAGGGCGAACACACAACCAGUUCACCCACACUGGCAUCGCAGCGGGGCUGAGGGGCUGCCCCGGCGACCUUUAAACCUGAACACCGGUUCGGUUGGAUCCUCUGCGUGUCUCCGCCGCCCGUCCUCCUGAUGUCGGACUUCAAGCUGGGGAUCGUGCGGCUCGGCCGUGUGGCCGGGAAGACAAAAUAUACACUGAUUGAUGAACAGGACAUACCGCUUGUGGAAAACUACGCGUUUGAGGCGCGCAUGGAGGUAGAUGCAGAUGGCAAUGGAGCCAAAAUCUUUGCCUAUGCUUUUGACAUUGGCAAAGGCCGCUGGGCAGGAAGGCCUUUGCAUGAGCUGCUCUGGGAGAAGCACAGAGGAGGCAUCGCCCCCAGCUUUCAAGUCAUCCACAUCAACUCUGUGACCGUGGACAACAGGUUAGACAACCUACGACUGGUGCCAGUGGGCUGGAGCCCCAAGCCGGAGGAGAUUUCCAGCAAACAGAGAGAGCAGUCUCUGUACUGGCUGGCCAUCCAACAGGUACCGGCCGACCCGGUGGAGGAGCAGUAUCUGGAGCUGAGCCGCACACGCUACUACAACGCUAACGGGGAGCUGGUGGAGGAAGAGGAGUGCUCCUGCACUUACUACGAGUGUCAUUAUCCUCCUUGUUCACUCAUCGAGAGGAGGCUCCGGGAGUUCAACAUCUGCGGCCGCUGCCAGGUGGCGCGCUACUGCGGUUCCCAGUGCCAACAAAGGGACUGGCCCGCCCACAAGAAGCAGUGUCGCGAGCGCAAGCGGGUACUGGCCCUGGAGUCGGAGCCCGAGCGAUGAUCUGCCCUCAUCCUCGCCUGGGUAGGGAGGAGGGAGAACAGGAGAGGGAAGGGUUAGACUCAUGGGAUGGGAGCAGGGAUGAAGAGCAAACUGGGGGAAAUUGCUGACAAGAGACUAACGACAGAGGACUAGGUUGGUAGCUGGAUUGAUUGAUGGGUUCAGGCGGUAAGAAGAUGGAGGAGGGGAAGGAGAGUAAAAGCAAAAAGACAUCUGCCACUUCCCAGAACUGUUAUUCUCCAUAGCUUGCUUGCUGGAUGACGGGGAAUGGUAUUAUUUUUUUUCAUGAUUUCUCGAGGAGGGAGACCCUCGAGCUCUACCUGCUGCUAUGGAUUUUGUAUGCGUGGGGGGGUGGGAAAGUUCUUGUCAAUGAACUGGACAAGCUUCUUUGGACCACAACAUGGAUACUUGUCGUCAUCCACUUUAGUUCCUCCAGCCAGCAGCUGGGUGUGGGGACGUCUGUGCAAACGGGGGACCCCGGUCAUUCAGCUGGUACAACGGGACAUGGACCUUCUCACUGUAUUGCUCCCUCUCCGGUGCACAGGGCUGCUUCUUCACAGUCAUCAACACCUUAGCCGCCUCCCUGUCCGUCAUACUCCCCCACUCAGCUGACACUCAUCAGAUAUAUUUCACUGAUUGAAUCACACUACCAGUAUUGAGUGUGUAUGUAUGUGUGUGUGUGUGUGUGUGUGUGUGUAUAUGUGUAUGUGUAUGUGUAUGUGCUGCCAGUGUGUACUGAAGGACAUUGAAAUGCUCAGCAUUGGUUGUUAUUAUUAUGGGCAGGUUUAGUGUAUGGCUUUUGUCUUCAUAAGGGGCCAUAUUACACACGAAUUGGUCGGUUAAAAUCUCUUCACUGUUAUAUAGUAAAGUAGCUGCCAAAUAAAGGCAUACAUUUUUCUCUACAAAGUUCUCUCCCCAUGAGUUUUUUUUAUUUUUCUAUCAAUUUAAUGCGACUUUUGGUACCACGUUAGUAAGAAACUGGAUUUCAUUUUUGUUUUCUUUCAGAUAUUUCCAAAUUUUCCAGCUGGUAUUUAAAAAGCAGUUCUGGGUGUUUAAAAGUUCUUGUCUUUGUUAUGAUCCAACACGUUUGUUGGUCACCGUAUGAGAAAUUGCUUGCUUGUUUAUCACAACAUAAUAAUUUAUUGUUCUCCAGACAAACAGUAUCCAUCUCUCUCUGACUUUCUUUUCUGAUGGUUAUCUCUACCAAAGUCUACUAUGCCCCGUAGUUUGGCACUCGUGUAUCUGGUUUAAAUCCCUCCAGUCAGUCUUAUUUUGCUGGUUUUUAACAGACAUCCUGUCUUUUUGCACCUGCAGGGUCAUGGUAUGCGUGUGCCGGGGAGGGUGGCAGCUUCUUGUGUGAGAGUUUGCUCUAUGGGUUAUUUUUUUUAAAGAAAUUCUAUCAAUGGAGCUAUAUUUAUUUAAACAUUUGAUUGUGAAACAUGUUUUUGUCCUGGUGAUAUUUGAAGGCAAACGUUAUAAAAAAUGGACAAUA